UUCCAAAGUUAAGCAAACACCUCCUCCUUCCCAGCCCCCCAGCCCAAUUUCUGCUGGGAACUCGCUGCCGAUUCUGUCCCGACUUGGGAGCUCAGGACUGCAGGGGGCCGUUUGGCGUCUCAGAGCGGACGGGUCAGCAGGUUUCAAGAUGCUUCGAAUACACAGAAGCAACCUGACCCCACUAAGGGUCAGCCUCUCCAGAGCCCUUCACCACAAAGCUGUCAUGGCCCUCAGACGGGAGGAUGUCAACGCCUGGGAGAGAAGAGCGCCUCUGGCUCCCAAGCACAUCAAAGGGAUCACCAGUCUGGGCUACAAGGUCUUGAUACAGCCUUCCAAUCGAAGGGCCAUUCAUGAUAAGGAAUACGUCAAAGCUGGUGGUAUUCUUCAGGAGGACAUUUCCGAAGCUUGUCUAAUUUUGGGAGUUAAAAGACCUCCAGAGGAUAAACUAAUGUCCAAGAAAACUUAUGCAUUCUUCUCCCACACAAUAAAAGCUCAAGAAGCUAAUAUGAGCUUGUUGGAUGAGGUUCUAAAACAGGAAAUCCGACUUAUUGAUUAUGAAAAAAUGGUGGAUCAUAGAGGGAUACGAAUAGUGGCAUUUGGACAGUGGGCCGGUGUGGCAGGGAUGAUCAACAUUUUACAUGGAAUGGGUUUAAGGCUCCUUGCUUUGGGACAUCACACACCUUUUAUGCAUCUUGGCAUGGCUCAUAACUACAGGAAUAGCAGCCAGGCUGUGCAAGCUGUCCGUGAUGCUGGCUAUGAAAUAUCUCUGGGUUUAAUGCCAAAGUCGAUAGGGCCCUUAACAUUUGUAUUCACAGGGACUGGUAAUGUAUCCAAGGGAGCCCAAGAAAUCUUUAAUGAACUGCCCUGUGAAUAUGUGGAGCCCCAUGAAUUAAAGGAAGUUUCCCAAACUGGAGACCUCAGGAAAGUGUAUGGGACGGUGUUAAGUCGACAUCAUCAUCUUGUCAGGAAAACAGAUGGUGUGUAUGACCCUGUAGAGUAUGACAAACAUCCUGAGCGGUACAUAAGUCGUUUUAAUACUGAUAUUGCACCUUAUACAACUUGUUUAAUUAAUGGAAUCUACUGGGAACAAAACACUCCUCGCCUAUUAACCCGCCACGAUGCUCAAAGUCUCUUGGCUCCAGUCAAGUCCUCAGUUGUUGCUGUUGAAGGCUGCCCUGCCUUACCUCACAGACUUGUGGCAAUAUGUGACAUUUCAGCGGACACAGGAGGAUCUAUAGAUUUCAUGACGGAGUGUACUACAAUAGAGCAUCCUUUUUGCAUGUAUGACGCUGACCAGCAUAUUAUUCAUGAUAGUGUUGAAGGCUCUGGGAUUCUGAUGUGUUCUAUUGACAAUUUGCCAGCACAACUUCCAAUUGAAGCUACAGAAUACUUUGGAGACAUGCUUUACCCUUAUGUUGAAGAAAUGUUAUUAUCGGAUGCAUCACAGCCUCUUGAAAGUCAGAAUUUUUCUCCUGUGGUGCGAGACGCAGUGAUCACAUCCAAUGGUACAUUGACUGAUAAAUACAAAUAUAUCCAGAAACUUCGAGAGAGUAGAGAACGUGUUCAAUCAAUUUCAAUGAGUACCAAGAAAAAGGUGUUGGUUCUUGGAUCUGGCUACGUGUCUGAACCUGUGUUAGAAUACCUGUCAAGAGACAGAAACAUAGAAAUAACAGUAGGCUCUGACAUGAUGAAUCAAAUUAAACAGUUAAGCAAGAAAUAUAAUAUCAAGCCUGUUAGCAUGAACAUUUGUACACAAGAAGAAAAGUUGGGCUCCUUGGUGGCAACACAGGAUCUUGUCAUCAGCCUGUUGCCUUACGUGUUGCAUCCUAUCGUGGCCAAGGCAUGUGUCGCAAGCAAAGUUAACAUGAUCACUGCAAGCUACAUCACACCAGCCCUAAAAGAACUGGAAAAGAGUGUGGAGGAUGCUGGAAUCACUGUCAUUGGUGAAUUGGGAUUGGACCCUGGGCUGGAUCACAUGUUGGCAAUGGAAACAAUUGAUAAGGCCAAAGAAGUGGGAGCCACGAUUGAAUCUUACAUUUCCUACUGUGGUGGGAUCCCAGCCCCUGAACAUUCAGACAACCCUUUGAGAUACAAAUUUAGCUGGAGUCCAAUGGGCGUUUUGAUGAAUAUCAUGCAGCCUGCCACCUAUCUGCUCAAUGGAAAGGUCGUGAAUGUCACAGGAGGGGUGUCCUUUUUGGACGCAGUCACUUCCAUGGAUUACUUCCCGGGACUGAAUCUGGAAGGGUAUCCCAAUAGAGACAGUACCAGGUAUGCUGAGAUCUACGGCAUUCCGUCUGCCCACACGCUGCUGCGGGGCACACUGAGGUAUAAGGGAUAUUCCAAAGCUCUGAAUGGAUUUGUAAAACUGGGUCUGAUCAACAGAGAAGAAUAUCCUGCUCUUCGACCUGAGGCCAACCCUCUCACCUGGAAACAACUCCUCUGUGACCUAGUUGGGAUUUCACGCUCCUCCACGUGUGAUAUGCUUAAGGAAGCUGUCCUCAAGAAACUGGGAGGGGACAAAAGUCAGCUGGAGGCUGCUGAAUGGUUGGGCUUACUUGGGGAUGAUCAAGUCCCCCAGGCUGACUCCAUUGUGGACGCCCUCUCCAAGCAUUUGGCCUUGAAGCUCUCCUAUGGCCCUGAGGAAAAAGACAUGAUUGUGAUGAGAGACAGCUUUGGAAUCAGACAUCCUUCUGGACAUUUAGAAAAUAAAACUAUUGAUCUUGUGGUUUAUGGAGACUUCAAUGGCUUUUCAGCAAUGGCUAAAACUGUGGGGUUACCCACUGCCAUGGCAGCCAAAAUGUUGCUUAAUGGUGAAAUUGAAGCCAAAGGCCUGAUGGGGCCCUUCUCAAAGGAGAUCUAUGGGCCCAUUUUGGAGCGGAUUAAAGCAGAAGGCAUUAUAUAUACUACACAGAGCACAAUCAAGCUAUAAUUGGGAAUUUUAUUAUUUUUAUCUUCCCAAACAACACAACUCUCAACGUUUGUGUGAUAAAUAUGAUUGUUAAUAUGCUAUUUUAUAAAGUAUAAAGCAUGAUAUAUUUUGAUUAAGUUAAUACAAUGGCUUUUGAAAUGCAAAUCUCUAUUUUAAAAUGAAAUUUUUUAGAAUAGGAGAAUGUUUGUCAUUACCAGAGAAAUUUAGUAAUUCUAUCAUGUACUUUUUCAUAUAUAUAUAUAUAUAUAUAUAUAUAUAUAUAUAUAUAUAUGUAAAAGUGAUAAUCAUCAUAUGUUAAUUUGUUAUGCUUCUUUUUUCUUAUAAGAACAUAUUUUCCUAUAAUCAGCAAAUGAAGUUUUACUGUUUUAAUCAGAAAAAUUUCUCAUAUACUUAUAUUUUUAUAUUUUAAAGUGAUUGUUAGAUAUCUUUACUUAUCUACAAACCUUUUCAAAAAUGUUAUUUUGUGCCUUUUUUUGUAAAGUUAUCAUUUAUUCAGUGAAUGCUAUUUUUAAUUGCUUUCUCUGGAGCGUUUGGAAAAGGAAAUAGAUGAGAUUUAAUCACAAUCCACAUUGAUACCUUCAUAAGGCACAGAAAAAUUAUUUAACAAAAUCCAGUACCCUUUAAUAAUAAACACACACACACAUACUAGUAAUAGUAGAGCACUACCUGAUAAAAUACAUUUAUGAAAACGGUUUGUAUCAUGCUUAAUGGUGAAAGACUGAAUGAUUUCCCCCUAAAAUCAGAAAUCAGACAAGGAUGUUUACUCUUGCCACUACUAUUCAACCUAUACUGGAGGGUCGAGCCAGGGCAAUUUAGACAAGACAAUAAAUAAAAGACAUCUACAUGGUAAAAGAAGAAGGAAGCUCUAUUUGCAGAUGAUAUAAUCUCAGGCAUAGAAAUCUAAAAGUAAUUCAGAGAAAAUCCAAAGACUGACUUACAACAAAACAAAACAUUAGCAUUAAUAAAUGAAUUCAGCAGAGCCGCAGGAUACAAGAAUAAAAUGCACAAAUUGAUGGUUUCUAUAAAGUAUCAAUGAAUGAACUAAAAAUGAUGAUAAGGAAAUCAUUUUCAACAGCAUCAAAAAGAAUAAAGUAGCAAUAGAGUUGAGGGUCCAGAAAUGAUGCCUACAUUUUGAUUUUUGAAAAAGGUGCUAAGAUUAUUUAGUAGGGAAAAGAUAUUUUUUCAUCAAAUGGUGAUUAGAAACAUGGAUUUCUACUUGCAAAUGAUGAAGUUAGAUCUCUUCCUCCUACCCCCCCCUCCCCACACAAACUGAGUAAACAUGGACUUAAGACCUAUGUAUUAAGAGCUACCUCAAUAAAAGUCUUAGAAGAAAACAGGCAUAAAUCUUCAUGAUUUUAGUUAGCAAUGGCUUCUUAAUAACACCAAAACACAAGCAAAGAAAAAAAAAGAUAAAUUGGGCAGAAUGAAAGUUAUUUAAAACUCUUUUGCCUCCAAGGACACUAUCAAGAAAGCAAAAUGACAACACUCAGAACAAGAGAAAAAAAUUGUAAAUCGCUUAUCAGCCAAGGGAGGAACAUGUAGCCAGACUAUAAAGAACUGUAUGACUCAAUAACAAAAAGACAAAUAAACUAAUUUAAAAAAUGAACAAAAGAAUUGAAUUGAUGGUUCUUCAAAGAAAUAUAAAGGAUCAAUAGCUACAUUAAAUAUGCUUAACAUCAUGAGUUAUCAGAAGAUACCACUGGAAUCCACAAUGAGAUACCAUGUUGAAGCCACUAGAAUAGCUAUACCAAAAAAAAAAAAAAAAAAAGAGAACAAGUGUUGGCGUGGACACCAAGACAUUGGAGCACUCAGCUCUGCUGGUGGAUAACCAAGAGAAGUGAAAACAUAUGUCCACACAAAAUCUUGUAGGCAAAUGUGCCCAGCAGCAUUAUUCAUAAUGGCCCCAAAUUGGAGCAAGUCUAAAGUUCAACAAAGUAAACAAAUAAACAAAAUGUGGUAUGUCUAUACAAUGGAAAAAAUACCCAGUAUUUGAAUGAAGUAAUCAAGUACUGAUACAUGAUACAGCCUGAAUGAACAUUGAAAACAUGCAAAGUGAAGGAAGGCAGGAACAAGAGCCCAUAUAUGGUGUGGUUUCAUUUAUAUGAAAUGAUCAGAAUAUGCAAAUCUAUAUAUAGCGAAAGUAGAGUAGUGCUUACCUAUUGCUGGGGGAUUGGGAGAAAAAUGGAGGGGAUGCUAACAAGUAUAGGGUUUUCUUUUGGGGUAAUGAAAAUGCUGGAGAGUUGAUUGUGGUAAUGGUGGUACAACUCUGAAUUUACUAAGACCCACUGAACUGUACACUUGUGUGAGCUGUAUGAUAUGUAAAUUAUAUCUUAAAUUGUUAUAAGACUACAUAUCAAAUAAAUUUAUUUGCUCCUUGUGGGAAA